UCCCUCCUCUCCAAGUUCGCUUCCAGAGAGAGAGAGAGAGAGAGAGAGCCGUGGAGAAGUGCGGGAAGGGGCAAAUUUGUGGAGCGAGAAGGUGAAUUGCAGAAGGUUGCAGAAUGGACGAAGAACAGAUAGCGAAUUUUGUGUCAGCGUACUUGAAGAAGAAGGGUUUCAAAGAAACGGAACAAGCUUUUCAGGAUGAGCUACGCCAUAACAAGACCAAUUCAUCCUCUUCAGCCUCUUCCAUUGACCUCGACUUCGCUAAGCGCUUGCUCUCCUUCUCCGAAGUAGAGAAUAUUCCAGCCAGAUACCUUGAAGGAUAUAGCAAGCUUAGGUCCUGGGCUUACAACUCGCUAGAUUUGUACAAGCAUGAAUUGCUUCGUGUGCUAUAUCCUGUGUUUAUCCAUUGUUUCAUGGAUCUCGUGGCUAAAGGACAUAUUCAAGAAGCUCGAACCUUUUUCAAUAGGUUCCGUGAAGACCAUGAAAUGUUGCACCUACGAGAUCUACAAAAGUUGGAAGGCGUACUAUCUCCUUCUCAUUUGGAGGAGAUGGAAUUUGCUCAUUCUCUAAGGCAGAGCAAAGUUAACAUAAAAAUAUGCCAGUACUCCUAUGAGAUGCUACUUCAAUAUCUUCAUAAGACCCAAACCACAGUGAUACUUGGGAUUAUCAAUGAGCGUAUCAACUUCCAAGUUUUCCCCGGUCAGCCUAGCUCAAUAUCUGAUGAUGCUGAACUGGUGACACUCUCGGGAAGCACCCAGGAGACUGCCAAUCAGAUAAAUAAAAAAGAAGUCCAAUGGGGGUUACUUGAAGAUUCUUUAGAAGAACGCUUGGAGAAAGCUGCUGGUUUGCUUUCAGAUUCUGAGAAGGCUGAGGUAGAAACCAAGGAUGGUGAUGUGGAUGAGAAUAAGAAAAGAACAACUGAGGGAGGAAAGCAAGGUGCUUCAAUUAAGAAGGUCAAGAAGGACAAGACUGCCGGUGCACCUGGGAAAACUCUGAGGGCUGAAGCUAAUUCUGCAUCUAUGGCGCCACGAGUGAAGCCAGAGCUUGCUUUACCUAUAAUUACAACAGAGGUGGAACAAUCUAUUCUUGAAGACUUGAGAAACCGUGUGCAGUUGAGUUCUGUUGCUCUGCCAUCAGUCAGCUUUUAUACCUUCAUUAAUACACACAACGGUUUAAACUGUUCAUCAAUAUCUCAUGAUGGAGCUUUAGUUGCUGGUGGAUUUUCAGACUCUUCAUUGAAGGUUUGGGACAUGGCAAAGCUGGGACAACAAGCUGGCAAUACUGUUUUGCAGGAUGAAAACGACAUGUCUACUAGUGAUCCAGUGACAGGGCAUACAAGUGGGAAGAGGUCUUAUACAUUAUUUCAAGGUCAUUCUGGGCCUGUUCACUCUGCCACUUUCAGUCCCAUUGGGGACUUCGUUCUUUCAUCCUCUGCAGACACAACUAUUCGAUUGUGGAGCACAAAACUAAAUGCCAGUCUUGUUUGCUACAAAGGUCACAAUUACCCAGUAUGGGAUGUUCAGUUUAGUCCGGUUGGACAUUAUUUUGCUAGUUGUUCACAUGAUCGAACUGCAAGGAUCUGGUCUAUGGACAGAAUUCAACCUCUGAGGAUCAUGGCAGGACAUCUAUCCGAUGUGGAUUGUGUUCAAUGGCAUGCCAACUGCAACUACAUUGCAACUGGGUCAAGUGACAAAACGGUUAGAUUGUGGGAUGUCCAGAGUGGGGAAUGCGUUCGAAUCUUCAUCGGUCACAGGAGCAUGAUCCUGUCUUUGGCUAUGUCACCCGAUGGUCGGUUCAUGGCAUCCGGUGAUGAAGAUGGUACGAUUAUGAUGUGGGACCUAUCAACUGGUCGCUGUGUUACACCUUUGAUUGGACACACAUCAUGCGUUUGGAGCCUUGCUUUCAGUUGUGAGGGUUCUCUCCUUGCCUCUGGCUCUGCCGAUUGCACAGUGAAAUUAUGGGACGUAACUUCAAGCACAAAGCCACCUAGAACAGAUGAAAACAAAAGUGGAACUGCCAAUAGACUUAGAUCCUUGAAGACUCUACCAACCAAAUCAACUCCAGUUUACAGUUUGCGGUUCUCUCGGAGGAAUCUCUUAUUUGCAGCUGGGGCUCUCUCCAAAAGUGCAUCAACGGCCUGACACUCUUCCUUUGUAGUUCAUUUUUAAUAACCUUUUCCUGAUAAGAUCUCUUUUCUAACGUUCCAUUUAUUGGAAAUUUAAUAGUGUAUCAUUUCCAGCCAAACUUUUUGUGCAAAAGUCUUGACAUUAUCUUAUCCAUGUAAGAAUUAUUCUGUUCAUUCCAAAUUUUGAAGUGAAAUGACUCGUACCUGCAGGGCUUACCUCA